UUACAUGACCCCAAGUGACGAUCUGACCGAGAUAAGUUUUUAUUUUUAAUUAUAAGUUAGGAUUACUGAAUCUCUACCUCCUGGAUCCUUUAUUUCUUUCCAAAAGCCGAUCUUAGGGCUCAUGAUUUAAUUAUUUCCUACUCUUAUCGUAUACCAUCAGUUUUCUUCGAGACCUGCAUAAUGGGAAUCACAUAAAGCGGGUACGCACCAGUGGGGCCUUCGCAUUUUCGAGAGGACUUUGACCCCAUCCUUAGUUGUUACAAUCUCAAUGGACCUACUUUCUGUAUUAAAGACUGAACAGCAGUAAGAAUGCCAGGUUACCCUGUACUAGAGUUAGACAAAAUGAUAUUUCAAGAACUUAUCUGUGAAUACUGUGACACAGUGGUAAGAGAUGCAUUGAGGGCAAACUGUGGGCACUUCUACUGCAGGUCAUGUGUGGAUUAUCUUUUCAGGGGAAAUCCAGGAGCAGUGGCUUACUGCAAAAAGAGCAGAACACCUCUCUUCUAUUUUCAGUUCUCACCAGAUGAAGGAAUUAGCAGUAAAGUUGAGAGUACCACAGUUCACUGUUUAUUCUUGGAGGCAGGAUGUACAUGGGAAGGAAAGUUGAAGGAAUCUGAGAGUCAUGUAGGAAGCUGCAGUUUGGCCAGCAUUCAAAGAGGAGAGCAGAAGGAGUGCGAGAGCGAUGAAACACUUUCCAACAAAACAGAUGACAAAAGAGAAUCCUUACUCUCUGAUAGCGUUGUUGAGGAUUCGCACACCCAACGUCCCAUGCCUGCUAACUGCCAAGAAGCUCAGAACCAUCCUCCAACCCGCGAAACAGCUGCCUGUCCUGAGUUUGGGGUAGGUGCUGAUUUUUCCGAGCACGUAACGAGAGAUGGUGUUCGUAAAUCGGAGACAAGACGAUCCCGGCGUUAACAAAGCAGUGCCAAAGUUGUAAAGGGAAGGAGUGAAGGUAAAGGUAAAAUUUGAACCCGAUCCAAGUGGCCCACAAGGCACUGGAACCUAUUUCGGACUGUGUAGCAUGAAAUGACUGAGAGUACUGCUACAUCCGGACGGGAUGCUGGUCCAUCGGAGAUUUUGACCCUCUGCAUUUCGCCAGGAUUCUUUGAAAAAUUCGACGGUAUCCAUUUAUUCUCCUCUGUGGACAGAGGGACUGUGAGUAAGAGUGUCUUGUCCAAGAAUGACUCGGCCAGGUUUCGAUUCCAGAACUCUCGCUCGGGAGUCCAGUGCACUAACCGUUAGGUCACCGAGUCUCCCUCAUUUUGUGAUAAUCUGAAGGGUUUUUUUUUUCUGAAAGACGCAAGAAAUGUGCGGAAAGUUUAAAAUUUUAAUUUUGCGUAGCUCCUCUUCACAUUGGACGGUAAGUGCUCACAUAGUAUUUGGUCUUUUCCCUAACCUUUCUCUCGAAGAGCUCUGACCUUCCAUCCCGGAAAUGUCGGCGGAUUGAGGAAUUCUCGCACCUUCGUAGUGAAAAUUUUGGUAUCAUUCUAUUUAAAUUUUCUGUUAGCCGCAGGCAUAAGCUUUGUGAAUUUCGGUAUAGAACGCGAUGCACUUGUCCAAAUGCAGUGGCUUUGUAUUAUCGAUUGUGGUCAUAACUUUUUAAAACAUCCGCGUCUUGGUAGUUUUACUGUCUUUUGUUCACUGAAUUUUUUCGAGAUUUUGAAAUUUUCGUCUCAGCCUGGGAUCUCAGGAUCCUGGCCUCCAGAGGAAUCGGUAAUUAAUAAUUUUCGAGUGUAAUAUUCGUUUAUUGCAACUUUAUUUGCUUUGUUAUUAAUCCAAUUUAUUUGAAAGUCAUGCAAGUGUCAUUUCUCAAUUGGUGACAGACCCAUUUUGGAUAUUUUUUUCUUGUCACAGAACUAUUCCCUAACCAGGGGAACAGGUGACUGUCAUGAGGGAGGGAUAUCUGUGUGUCGAGCUGAUCGUCCCGGGGACUUUAAAGAAGAACGUGCCCGUAGAAUUGAGACAAGGCGAUCCUGCAAUGAACGAGGCAGUGCCGAUGUAAUGGAGAAAGGGCAAAUAAACGCCAACCUUCCUCGUCAGGUCAACUUCUUGCUCUCUGGUAACAUGGCAGGACAAAAUAAAAACUCAACCAAAAAUAGCUUGGAGUUAAAAGAGGAGAUGAACCCCUCUCUCAACGACACCAUAACAAGAAACACCGCAUCCCCGCGAAUCUCAGCUCCUAACGUUUCUGAUCAACACGAGCAAAGGUUAAUCGACCUUGAAAAUCAGGUUGCUUACCUGACUCACUGCUUUUCUAACCGAUAUCAGGUUACGAACGACAUCGCUAUUGUCAUUCAACACCUAGUGUCAGAAAACGAUCAGUUAAAAAAUACGGUCCGCGACAUCAACAACAGAGUAAACCAAAUUCAAGUACAUCUUAAUUCUCACCAAGCGAAUUUUAACACACUGCGAAAUGAGCGGAGUAACCAACGUGAGGAACUUGUGAGGAUCCAGGAAAGGAUCAGACGACUUGAGGAACAUGCGAACGCACAGGAAACGAUGCUGAGGAAUGUAUCAGAUUCUAUCAGAGGCCUGGCUACUUUAACUAGAAGUAGAGACAUUGAAAAUUUAUAAAUUAGAUUAGAUGAGAACUAAACAUGAAAGGAGAAGUGUCUCCCAGGGACCAUUCGAUUUUUAUCUCCCCCAUUUAAAAGUAUACAUAAAAAUUUACUACUUGAUUUGUUUGGAGGUUCUAUAGAGUAACUUAUCUCUCGAAAAUUUUUUACGCAAACGUUCCAUGCCAUGAUAACUCAGCAACCAGGUAACGGAACUAAAACUAACGUACGGUUCAAAAACAGCUGAUUCUCUUCUGGCUGUCAUUCGAGAAUGCCGCUUUUGUAGUCUCUAUAUUGUUCAGACAGAUCACCAAGAAAUUUGAAAAGUAAAGUAAAACUUAUCAUGUCACAGGUAAGCGCCCAUAUAGCUCGGCAAAAAUCAAAGUGGCGGUGGCGUCUGAAGUCGAGUUUUUAGCCCAUUUGAAGACAAUUUUCGCGAAGAUAGAUCCUGUUUGGGUAAAUUCAAAACACGUUCACUGCCAAAGUUUCAAGUAACACUUAAAUGGAGGAGAUGAAAAUCACAUUGUCUGUAACAUACUUCUCCAAGACUAAAUAUGAACUUGUACGUGUUUUUGGGGUCAUUUCUUUUGGUCUAAAACAUGGUAGUUCAGGAAUUUGAAAUGAAGGAAAUCAGUAAAUGUAGUUAGUUUGAAAAAGACUUCAAAAGACGUGUAGUUCUUAACUUCUUAAGACGUGUAGUUUUCCGGAUAGUGAAAUUUUUAGCUCAUACAUAAAUUUGUUUUUAAAAUUUUUAUGAUAAUCGUAGUAGUUUUGUAAAUCUGGUAUUGCGAAUAUAAGUGAGGCAGUGGGGUCGUAUGUUACCAGGUGUAAUUCUUUCCUGGUUUACUCAUUGUGAGUGUUCGUUGUUGCACUCAGUUCAGUUUCCAGGUUACGUUUUGUACAUAGCAAAAUGAUAUGCCUUCAGUAUAAUAGGUUACCUAGAACAAAUUAUUAUGCUUUGAGUUGAUGUUUGUUAUUUGUACCAUCCUCGAAGUCCGCAUUGGGGGUCAUCCUCAAUGUGGUUACUCAAAUAUGUACGUUUCAAGUUGUAACAAACGUAGGUCAAUAAUACGCGAGUGAGCUAUUCUUUGUAAUUUGGAAGUUCUAGACGUCAAGUCUCGGGCUAGAAAGUUUACUUAUGUAGGGUUAUAUAAUGCUUGAAUGUUUUUUUCUCGAAUCUGGUGAAGUUAGAGAAGAACGUCAAGGACAUCUGGAUAUCAGUGAAGCAGGAUGAUCUUGCUUCAAGGAUUAACAAGUGAAGAAGUCGGAAACUUCUUCCCUUCCCUUUUUUUUCUCAAACACAAUUUGUAGGUAAAAGGAACGAUUUUGAUGAGAAAUUUGUAACUUUUGAUGAGAAAUGUUGAUAGUGAGUAGUGCGCUAGAAUUUUCAAACCGAUUUUAGUGAAAAAUGGGGGUUUUUUAUCCGGUUGCGUAUGGGAAGUUUUAUAGUUUGGUACAAAGUUUUUCGUUAAUAUUUUCCUCUAUCUUUAACAGCAGGUAUAGUUGAAUUAUGUUUACUAGAUUACAAAUUUACUCAUUGACUAAACCUUUCCGUAGACUUGCGAGUUGUUGAUCGAUUUGUACAAAUAGCUAGACAUUUACUUUUUCAUAGAGGACUCGAAGAGUUAGGUAAAACAAAGUAAAAAUAAAAGAAAGAAAAAAAAAAAGUAUUAGAAAACGACCAAAAGAAAAAGAAAGAAAAAAUUCAUUUACAAAUAACUGUAUUUAAAAAUAGCUUCAUACAAGAUAAAUUAAAGGGACAUUUUCUUUUACUUCAUGGGAAUGAGAUGAAAAUGAGUAAUUGUUACUAUUGAGUGUCCCAUGUAAAGGUAGUAUGUGGACAGGUUCUUUUAUCUGCUUUUACAGAAUGGUAAGCAUUGUUAUAAUUAGUUCGACUUACGUCAUCAAAUCGAGCGUUAAAUUAAAUUGAAAUUUGAGUAGAUGGACAUUUAAUUUAUUCAGUCAAUUGUAGUAACAGACUUGAACAACACUUUUGUGAUUUAAAUUUGGUAAUAAUAGUUUGCACCUUACUAAGUUUCUUUUGUAAACUUUACUUUUAUUAGGCAUAAGGAAAAUUAUAUCGAACUGAAGAAUAAAAUAGUAAAAUUUUAGUGUGGA